AACUAUUUGAGUUAUCUACAAAACAUAAAAUCUCAAAAGGCCAUGGGGCUAGAAAAAUGUUUGAAUGGUUUUGUUUCAUAAUUUGCUUUGUGUUAUCGCUCAAUCCUCUUUGAGCUGGUAGAAUCUUGUUGUGUGAACAUAAGUCUGUGACUAUAUGACUCAAUAAAGUUAUCUAUACAAAAUAUUGAUCUUGCUUUACUUUUUGGCAGUUGGUAAUGCACAUUGGUAAAAAGUAUUUAAGUUAUCCACAAAACAUAAAAUCUCAGAAGACCCUGGGGCUAGAAAAAAUUUUGAAUGGUUUGUUUCCUAAUUUGCUUACUGUUAUCUCUCCAUUCUCUUUGAGUUGGUAGAAUCUUGUUGUUUGAACAUAAGUCUGUAACUCUAUGACUUGAUAAAGUUGUCUAUACUUAGCUUUUGGAUUUUUAGUUAUCGAAAUUUUUUUAUGAAAACCCACCUAAGGGCUUGAUUAUGGGCUAACUCUUCAAUUGGUUGAAAGUUCAUUUUUUGAUAUGGUAUAGACAGUAUAGAGGUGUUAGUUAAGGUUGCUAAGUCUCAGCCUCUUAUAAAAAAGGUGGCCUUGUGGUUUAUUGGGAAGCUAGGUACAAAAAUUGAGUAUGGAAUUCUUCUAGUUUCUGCUUCUUUAUUCUUUGCGGUUUUGCACUUUUUAGCUUAUGUUUCAUUGUCUUUACCCCCAGGUUAUGACAAAGAAAUUGGAUCACAGAGUGGAUGUGGAUAUCUUCCAUAUGUCAAUGUUGAAAGUGCAGAAAGUAGUUCUCAUGGCAUCUACAAUGAAAUACCCUCCCCUUCAUUUCAUGGUUAUCCAUCCAGCAACCAAAUGCAUCAAAGAUCAUAUGAUCCUGUCACAAUGCAGUCGCCUCCUAUAAGGGAUCACAAUCAGUUGUAUAGUGCAGCAGUGUUCCCUACCCUGGAUCCACCUUACUAUCAGCAGCCUCUUCCUCAAAACCAUCCUUACAUUACUUCAUGGACUCAAGUUCCACAUCCAUCGUUGCCAGUGGAUAUUGAUUUUCAAGUAGAUGGUAAACAAUCUGGACCAAGAGCAUAUUCCCCAGCUCCGCUGGGUUCUUCAGGCAGAGGAAGUAACUUUUCUGGAACCUCUGCUGACCUUAGUUUCUUGCAGCAAGGGUUUGAUGACUUUGGAGUUGGGACGCAGUCAAAUUGGUCAAAAUCAUUGCAUGGGAAGAGUCCUUUAUUUCAGUUGUCAUCUCAAGUACCUUCUGCAAGGCCAAGAGGUUCAUUGGAGUUAUUUGGGACUGACUUUAGGAUGGCUUCUCAACAGAAAAGGCCUUUCUAUGGUUUUGGAUCUUCAAGCUUUAGGUAUAGAAGGUAUCCUUAUAGUCAAAGUGAUCGAGGCUCUGGUUAUCAAAGUAUAUCUGAUUCUAGUUCGGGAAUGGAUGAUCAUAACUGGCCCACACCUGAUGAAGCAAGGCAAGGAGGAAGGUGCAACAACUUUUCUUGCAGCUGUACUAUUACCCUUGAUACAUUAAGUGAGCGAAAUAGAGGCCCUAGGGCAUUUAGGCCAAAAGGUCAAACAAUGGCAAAUGGGCCUUUCUUUAGUAGUGGAAAGAAUGGCACAGUUGAUGAUGUUCAUAUUGAAUUGUACAAUGGACUGGAUUUUGUCACUGACUACAAGAAUGCAAAAUUCUUUAUAAUCAAAUCUUAUAGUGAAGAUAACGUUCACAAGAGCAUAAAAUAUGGUGUUUGGGCAAGUACACCAAAUGGAAACAAAAAACUUGAUGCUGCUUAUCAUGAGGCGAAGGAGAAAGAGGAGCCAUGCCCAAUCUUUUUGCUAUUUUCGGUAAAUGCCAGUGCCCAGUUUUGUGGAGUUGCUGAGAUGGUGGGACCUGUAGACUUUGACAAGAGUGUGGAUUAUUGGCUACAGGAUAAGUGGUCUGGACAGUUCUCUGUUAAGUGGCACCUUAUAAAAGAUGUCCCCAACAGUCUAUUUCGUCACAUUCUACUUGAAAAUAAUGAUAACAAGCCAGUUACUAACAGUAGAGACACUCAAGAGGUGAGAAUUUAUUUGCCUUUUCUGAUCUAUUCAUGGUCCAAGAAUAAGGAUGGCAUUGUCGUCUAUUUCAAGAAAAAAAGGAUGACAAUAUCGUCUUGUUUUUCUGCAUAUCUGAUUAAGCACCAUUUGAAGCUUUUGCUUUUUUUUUCCCCAGAAACUGAUAUACAUGAAAUUAGACAUGAAUACAAGUUAGUUAAUGAUGUAGCACAACAAGAUAGGGUUUGUUAAAGAUAAUAAAAAGAGAAAAGAUAAAUUCAACUCAUUAUCAUAGUAUUUGACAAUAGGUUGUGAAAUUACAAUCACAGGUUAUCAGACACAUGCAGUUAUGGUACAUAGGUUAGUAUAGCUCAAAUUCUUAAAUAGGAAACAAGUAAUAAAAUAAGACUAGCAAA